GUUUCCUAUUAUAUAUACGUUACUGAUAUCAUACAUAUAAAUUUAUAUGUAAAUUGGAUUCUGACGAAACAAUUUAACAAAACAAAUAAGAACAAUCGAGGUAUCAAGUUUACCACUUUUAUGCGAGGUCAAAUUAGCACGAGAUAAGAUGCGACUCACCAAGAUCAACUUAGUUUUCUGUCGACUAGGAACAUGGCAGCCUUCACGAGAAGAUUUCUACCGAAAUACAAUGGAUUUUCUUGUACAAGUUUGAGACAAGUUUCAAUAUCUAGCAAAGAUAUAGUAAACGACCGUACGAGCUUCAACUGGGAAGAUCCAUUCAAUCUCGAGUCUCAACUGACACAGGAGGAAAUAUUGAUCAGAGAUCAAUUUCGAAGAUAUUGUGGCGAAAAACUUUUGCCUCGAGUAGUCGAAGCGAAUCGCAAUGAAAUCUUCCACAAAAAGAUAAUGAGGGAAAUGGGCGAAUUGGGCGUUCUAGGCUGUACCAUAAAGGGUUACGGGGCCGCUGGUGUCUCCUCCGUGGCGUAUGGGCUUCUGACAAGGGAACUCGAGUAUGUGGACAGCGGAUAUAGAUCCGCUCUGUCGGUACAAACGUCUUUGGUUGCCGGCGCGAUCGAUGCUCAUGGAAACGAAACGCAAAAAGAACAAUUCUUGCCGAAAUUAAUAUCAGGCGAGCACAUCGGUUGUUUCGGAUUAACAGAGCCCGAGCACGGAAGCGAUCCCUCUGCCAUUGAGACCAACGCGAUUUACGAUUCCGAAAAAAAAGUUUACAGAUUGAGUGGAAUCAAGAUAUGGAUCACGAAUGCUCCGAUCGCUGAUAUAUUGAUCAUCUGGGCGAAGUGCGUAGAUGAGAACAAUGAGAUGCGAGGAUUCAUCGUGCAGAGGAAGCCGAACGAUAGCCGACUAUACACCCCAGUGAUCAAGGGUAAAUUCUCUCUUAGAUGUUCCGCCACAGGUAUGAUCGUCAUGGACGACUUGGAGGUGCCCGAGGAGAAUCUGCUCCCACACGUGAGAGGUCUCAGAGGACCGUUCGUCUGUCUGAACAACGCCAGAUACGGAAUCGCUUGGGGCGCUUUGGGUGCAGCCGAGGCCUGUUUACACAUAUCUAGAGCAUACAGUCUGUUCAGGGAACAGUUCAAAAGGCCACUGGCCGCCAAUCAAUUGGUACAGAAGAAGUUGGUCGAAAUGAUGUGCGACAUUUCGUUUGGCUUCCAGGCUUGUCUGAGGGUGGGCAGGCUGAAGGACGAGAACAAAGCCACUCCAGAGAUGAUCUCGAUGAUAAAGAAGAAUUCUGCCAUGAAAGCUCUGGAAAUCGCGAGGAACGCUAGAGAUCUGUUAGGUGGCAAUGGAAUAUUAGAUGAGUAUCAUGUUAUCAGGCACAUGAUGAAUCUGGAAAGUGUCGUCACCUAUGAAGGUAACGUAAAAAAA